AGGCUCUUGUUUCUCAACGUAUCUGGUUUGUACUUGUAAUCCCAAAAAGCACACUCUCCGCCACGGAAUGGGGAGACAUGAAUCCGACAGCCGCACUUUCUUAUUCUCUUGCCGCUUCUUCUCUUUCCUCCGCCGCAUUCCACCGGAGAAGUCCAUCAAAACUUCGUCCAUGCACUCCCUUCUCCUUCCGUCAUCGCCACUGCCUCAACCACUCUUCUUCAUUGCGAGGUGGCAUGUGUUUUGCAGUUGUCAAUGAUUCUGAUAGGACUGAAUUGUCAUCUGAUGCCAAAACUGAAACAUACUCCGAGGCUGAUAAAAUAGUUGAUAGUAUGAACUUUGGUGAGCUGUGCAAUGAGUUUGAGUGCAACAGUAGUCCCUCGAUAGAAUCUACUGCAAGACAACUUGCUCUAGAUAUAUUCGAGCUAAGGAGUGGAAAUCGAGCACUCGGAACCUAUGCAGUUUCUGUCACUUAUAAGGAUCCCAUAAGGAGUUUUACUGGUCGUGAGAAGUAUAAGAGACCUCUAUGGGCAACCAUUGCACUAGACAAUCCAUCUGUGACUGUGCAGGAAAUGACUAUGCUGUCAACAAGUGUUUUAAGGAUCAAGUGGACAAUUAGAGGGAAGCCUAAAUCUGUUCUUGCUGGGUUAGGAGGAGAUCUCACACUCAAAGUUACUUCCCAAUUUACUCUUAACCAAAUUAGUGGACAAGUCAUUGAGCAUGAAGAAUUAUGGGACUUAUCAGCUUCAUCCGCUACUGCUCAGGCAUUUUUCUGGACGUCGCGUGUUCUGUAUACUACUGUUGAAUCUAUAAAAGAUUUGGCUGAUAGUGCCAAGAAUUUAAGUGCCAAUUUUUCAUCUAAGAACGAGAACAUGGAUAUUUAUCCAGAUCCUUCUGGUGAUCCAACAAAGUUCUUCCAGAAAGACGACAGCUUUCAGCAAGAUAUAUACCAGAUUGCACUCCUCCUGGCAGUUAUUUAUUUCGUGGUACAGGUUCUGAGGAUAACUUUGUAAAAAGCAUGCUUGUCUUGUUAUGAUCUUCAUUUUACAUCUCUUUUUUAUACAUGAAGAUAUCAGUGUAAUUAUCAGCUUAUAAUCAUAAUGUUGUUGUCAAAGUUACAAUGAAAUAUGUUGUGUGUAUAAAUUCAGCCGUUUCUACGAA